CUAUGUUGUUGUUAAAGUUGGUGAAAGUUACCUCUGAAAAUAAACAGGCUGAUUUCUUAAUUGAAGUAGAUCGGACCGCUAGCUUUUCCGGCUUUGAUCUAUUUCAUCAUCUGUCUACCAUGCGUCCUCUGUCUCCGUCAGCUCCACCUCCAGGUUGGAUGAGUUCCUAUGGGACUGAUGAAGAAAUCUUUUUGGUCCUCAACCAGAUUAACCGUGGAUCGCCCAUCCCUGAUGAUUUGAUUGAGGAUAAUCCCUAUAAGUAUGAUCCUUCAAAUUUGCCAGAUGGAGCAUGGUUCCUAGUAAGAAAAACUGAGGAAAAAUCGACGGAAUAUGGACUCUGGAGAGUAAAAGAUUCAGCCUGUGAAAUAUUUGCAAAUUCUGACAUCAGUGGUUGGAGAACCACUUUUGAAUUCUUUCUAGUCCAAGCCUCUAUCGAACAGAAAACUGUCUGUAUAAUGCAUGAGUAUAAAGUAACACCGAAAGGGCAGCAUGAUCUGACCAAGUCACAGGUAAUCUUUAAUGAACUAAUGGUUUGGUUGAAUAUUUUGCAGGACGAAGUACGUCACCUAUUGGGAUAUGUUAUCUUGAUCCCAUCAGUUAACCCCGACACUAGCGGUAAUGAUGGGCAACGUUCAAUUGCUGAACCCCAGGUAAACAGACAGAUAGAAGGGGCUGGGUCAUCACUUGUUGACAAAUCGAUAGAUCAGUUUGUUGAUGAUAAAGAAGCUGAGAUAGAUUGCAUUAUACGAGGGGACUACCUGGAAUUGGAUGAUCUUAUUGAUGGAGCAUCACAUGAUUCGUCUAGUUCGGAGAAUACAAGUCGCCAGAGCUUUGCAUCUGAUGAAUUUUUCAACUCUCGGGCACUUCUUGCAGAACUGGAUGAUGAGAAGAAGGAAGAUUUGAGUGGAAAAGGUUCGACCAGCAAUCAUUCCAUAAUGAUGUGUCAAAUAGCAAAUGAUGUAGUUGUGCAGCCUGGACCUUUAGGGUUUCUAAUCAAAGGGAGUGACGCUAAAGCCAAAGAAACUCAACAAGCUCCUGAUAAUGACAAAUCCAAAUGUCAAGAUCAGGCUGCUAAGAAGCUGAAGGCUGAGCGUACGGAUGAAGGUCCAUCACAUGCUCGUAGAGCGACAACAUCUUCCAGCAGCAGCAACAGCAGCAGUGAUGAACCUGGACGUGCAGCUAGAAGGGAGGCGAAACGUUCGAAGAAGCUCAUGAAGUUCCUGUGUUUUAUGCCUUUCUAGUUUCUAGUUCCUUGCUGUUACAACUUUCACUAGUAGUUGAUGAACACAUGCAAGCAGCCUAGAACAGUAGUUUAACCAAAAAAAAAGAAAAAAAGAAUUUAACCCAAAAAAAAAGAAAAAAAGAGGAGAAGGUGGGUGUGUAUUUGAUAUUUUAUGCAUUAGACCAAAUUUUAAGCUUUAUGAUAAAUUUAAGAUUUAGAAUAGGAAAGUAAUUCUCUUUAAUACAGAUGAAAAAUUGGAACAUUACUCAUUUGUAAUAUUAAGAGACCAGCAUUAGAGUACUUUUUAUAAUUUUAUAGCUCUUCAAAUG